AUGAGGCCUUCGGCCGCACUGUGCGACCCCCUAAGGGAAACCCGUGCACCUGGUGCGGGCCCCCCCUCCAAGCAGGCCAUAAAGGCAACAGGUUGCAGGAAAACCCCUGCCCCAACCCCCUCUGCCUCCUCCCGGAAGGGAAAGAAGGAACUGGCUGCGUCCUCCGGUCCCGCAAAAAUCAGGCCAGCGAGCACCGCGGCGGUCUCGGUGACCUGUGUAGACCGGGAAUCAUAUGCGGAGGUGAUGAAGCUGGCCAGAAGCCAGAUAAACCUCGAGGCCCUGGAGAUAGGGGAUCUGAGACCUCGUAGGGCUGUGACCGGAGCGCUUAUCCUAGAGGUCAGGGGCGUCGACAACGCCGAAAAAGCCGAUGCCCUGGCCAAUGAGCUCCGCGAGGUCAUGGCCCACAGGUCUGACGUGAGGAUCGCUCGUCCCUCCAAAUCCGUCGAGAUUAGAAUUACGGGACUGGAGGACUCCGUAACAACGGAAGAGGUGGCAAGCACCGUGGGAAAUGUCGGUGGCUGCUUCCCACAUGAGGUGAAAGUGGGAGUGAUCCGUCGGGGCCCCAACGGACUUGGCACCUGCUGGCUACGCUGCCCCGUGAGGGCUGGCAAAGCCCUGCUGGCCGCCCCGCGCUUCAGAGUGGGAUGGUCCAGCUGCAGGGCGACCCUGCUGCCCUCGCGGGGGCUGCAAUGCUAUAGGUGCCUGGCGGCCGGGCAUACGCAGGCGGGUUGUAGCAACCAGGUGGACAGAACUGGCUGCUGCUACAGGUGUGGCGGCAUUGGCCACCAGGCCAGUACCUGCGCCAAUAAGGCGUGUUGCCCGGUGUGCCUAGAUAAAGGCAAGUCGGCGGAUCAUCGAGUUGGCAGUAAAUCCUGGCAAUCCACUGCCAAGAGGGGAGGAGCCCCGCGGACCGCAGCGGCGCAACCCGCGAACAAAGGCUCGCAGCAAAAAGGGGUGGCUAAGGAACGGGCUAAGGAGGGAGCGGACCGCCAACUCCCCUCUGGCUCUUCUCCCCCCUCCACGGCUGAGACGGCGUCUUCUUCGCUCAAAAAGAAAAGGAAAGGGAUGGCUAAAAUCAACCCCCCCCCCUCCUCCAAAGGACCCCACCACCGCUGGUGGAGAAAGCAAGACUCGAAAAACGGUCGCGAACAUAGUUCUGUCCGCCCCCGGUGGCCCGCCCUCAGGGGAGAAAGAGUGCCGGGAAGGAGCGGUGUCACCGACACCCAUCAUAGCGAUGGAGGUGGAGGAGCCUCAGCCAUCGACCAGCAAUGGCUAAGAGGCUCCUCCACUAACCUCAAACACGCCAGGGCUGCACAGGACAUCCUGUUGCAGUGCCUGGCGGAAAGAGGCGUAGGGCUGGCUAUCGCUGCCCACCCAUAUAGGAUCCCCGACGAUCACCCUCAUUGGGCCGGGGAUACCUUGGGCAGGGUGACGAUAGUCAGCCAACACGCGCGCGACGACCAGCCGAUGCUCCCGGUGGAGUCCGGUGAGGAAUACGUCCUGGUUGAGUGGGGACCUAUCGACGUCCUCGGGGUUUAUUUCCCCCCGAGUCUCAGUCAGGGAGAGUACGAGGCGGCCCUGGAGCGGACGGGAGAGACCAUUUUCAGGCGCUCUCCCAGACCAAUAAUCGUGGGAGGGGACUUCAACGCCCACGCAGUCGCAUGGGGGUCCCCGACCACGAAUCCCAGGGGCCGUCUCACUCUCGAGUGGGCGGCGGGACUCGACCUCGCGUUGUUGAACCGGGGUCGGGUCAGCACGUUCGUGGGUGGCCGCGGAGAAUCCAUAGUGGAUCUCACGUGGGCCUCUCCGGGCGCCCUUGACAGGGUCAGUGCCUGGAGAGUAGAGACUCCGCUCGGGGAGCUAACUGAUCAUCGUUUGAUCGAGAUGGAGGUGGCCUCCACACCCGUUGAGGUGCAAGCGAGGAACCGCCGCCAGAGGGCCGAGAGGAGAUUGGUCCUCAGGAAGCCCGACCAGGACGCCCUUGAGGUCAGCCUCACAGUCUCGAAGUGGGCUGACCGGGGGCAGAACGCCGGAGCAGAGGCGGAGGCAGAGUGGCUCUGCGAUGCUAUGUCGCGCGCGUGCGAUGCCUCCAUGCCCCGCAGUCGGCCAAGGGCAAAGCGCGCUGCCUACUGGUGGUCAGAGGAGCUCGCCCAACUUAGGCGAGCCACAGUGACCGCCAGGAGGGCCUUCACGCGCGCCCGAGGCCGGGGCAUGGAGGCAGAAGUAGAAGAAACGAGGGCGGCCCUCAAGGACGCCAGGAAGGCGUUGAGGGUCGCCAUUGCUCGGGCGAAAGCUGAGGCCUGGGAUGAGUUCAUCUCGGGCCUCACGAGGGACCCAUGA